ACAUGGAUGUUCAUCAGACAUGUCCAAUGAUAUUCCGAGUUUUAUCCCGUACACGUGUUUCCCUUCCAAAAUGAAAACAAAGAACUUGUACACAUCCGUGGCCAGCAACAGGACUUCCAGUGCUGUAGAUUGGAAUAUCCGGAGGAAGACAAUUGCCUUUGGAACAUGCAACAGUGUCGCGAUAGCCCGGGAGAUUGGCGCUACCUGGCAAGUUGUACGGACUCUCGUUGGUCAUCGCGAUCAUGUCAAUGCUGUAAAGUUCGUGGAAGAGGAAGAUGAUGCAUCCUGGGAAUUGCUUUCUGCCUCUGAUGACGGCACAGUUAAUGUGUGGAUGUUCCGGAAUGAAGAUGAUGUUCCCCUUCCGGUGCCUCUCAAUGGUGGACGAAAGUGUGGAAUUUGUACCGUUGAUGGAAUAAGGGUGUCUGAGAAAUUGACGAUUGCAGCUGGUCUAAAGGAUUCCUUCGUGGAAAUUUGGGAAAAGAACCAAGAUGAUGUGAUGCUGAAAGAAACACUGGAUUUGGGUAGAGGCUUCUGCCUAGUGGUGCGAUUGGCAAAAUUCUUGGACACAGGGAGUGUUAUGCUCCUUGUGGGAACGAGUGAGAACAAAAUUAAUCUCUAUGUGGAUUCUGGGAAGAAUUUUGAAUUGAAGAAAACUCUCGUGGGACACGUAGAUUGGAUUCGUGGGAUUGACGUGGCUAGCUGCCCUGAGAGCCAGGAUAUGAUUGUAGCUACAUCAGCACAAGACAACUACGUGAGAUUGUGGCGACUGUCACGCUUCCAAAAAAUUGAGAGUACAGGCAUUGAGGGAGAAUCCAAUCAUCUGGAGAAACUCAAAUUCCAGUGCUCAGGGGAAACUUUUCAAAUUGAACUGGAGUCUGUGCUGAAGGGACACGAAGGAUGGGUGUACAGUGUGCAGCUGGGAAGGAAAGCUGAUGGGAAUUUGCAACUGUUGUCAGCUUCUAUUGAUAAAUCUGUAGUGAUCUGGACACAAUCCGCUGAUGAUUUGUGGCUCGAGGAUGUUCGUCUUGGGGAUAUAGGAGGCAACCAAAUGGGAUUCCUCACAGCACUCUUCGGGCGUGAUUGUGACUCCGUGCUAACUCACAACUUUCAGGGGGGGCUUCAGAUUUGGCAGAAGAUCCCUGGGCAGGAGAAUUGGGAUGUUGCAUGCACAUUUGGUGGGCAUUUUGGGUCUGUGAGGGACAUUUCGUGGGAACCUCUUGGAGAAUAUCUUCUAUCCGUAUCAGCAGAUCAAACCACACGCAUUCAUGGCCAAUGGGAACAUCAUGAGGAGCGAACAUGGCAUGAAAUUGCACGUCCACAGAUUCAUGGAUAUGAUUUGCAGGCCAUUGCACCUCUAUCCCGCUUCAAAUUCCUUUCCGCGGCUGAAGAGAAGAUUAUUCGCUGCUUCCAGGCGCCCACUGUCUUCGGGAAGAACUUCAUGGCUGUGUGCAAACCCCCUCCGGAGACGGAGCUUGAGAAUCUGCUAAACAGCAAUGUAGAGAGCGUUGCCAUAUCAGCACUGGGUCUCUCAGCACAAGCACAAAACACCGAAGGAGUCAUCAAUGUGGAAGAAGUUCUCAAGGGUCCACCUACUGAGGAAUAUCUCCGUCAAAAUUCUCUUUGGGUGGAAUUCCAAAAGCUCUACGGGCACGGAUACGAUGUCUAUGCCUUAGCUGUGAGUCCUGAUGGCAAAAUACUUGCCUCCUCCUGCCGUGCUAGCAAUGCUGAGCAUGCUAAAGUGAUCCUCUGGGAUACGAGCACAUGGCAUCCCAUACAAAAUCUCCACGCUCACCAGCUCACAGUGACACAAAUUCGAUUCUCUCCGGACAAUUCGCGUAUUCUCAUCGUGUCCCGCGAUCGUCGCUUCAGUGUGUUUGAGAAACUUCCCGAGGAAUCUGGGAAAUUCACCUGCACAGCCAUCAGCGAUAAGACAAAUGGGAUUCACACGAGAAUCAUCUGGUGCUGUGGCUGGUCUCAUGAUUCGAGCAUUUUUGCCACAGGAUCAAGGGAUGGGAAACUUGUUGCCUGGAAGAAAAGUAACACUGAGAAUGGAUCUCUGGCAUUCUACAGCCCCCAAGCUGUUCACACCUUUGACGAUUCAAUCACAGCUUUGGAUUUUGCUGGGAAUUUCAUUCAAAAUCGCUUCUUUGCUGCAAUUGGAUUUGAAUCCGGGAAAAUCAGUCUCUGCUCCCUGGGAGAUUCGUGGGAAAUUCUUCAUACCAUUGAGAAUUCGGAUGCUCACAGUUCUACAGUCAAAAGUUUGAGAUUUCGACCAGGGAAACAUCUUCAUCUGGCAAGCUGUGGCGAUGAUCAUUUGAUAAGAAUUUUUGAUCUUCAAACAUUCACGGAAAGUUUCUAAAUAUAGAAUUUUUCAUGCAAAAA